UGCUUAUACUUCAACGAUACUUAAAAUUGAAAUAAAUAAAUCUCUUUGAAACUUGAGUUUCUCUUUGAAACUCUAAAAACGAUGGAGACAAUUUAAAAAUUGCCCCCAUCUUCAUUAAAUUUAACAGAAAUGACAACGAAGCAAAUUCUGGGAACUGUAUAAAACUUUAUUGGGUUGUGCCAGACUCUGAGCACUUCUUUAGUUCAACUGUCAACCAGAAAUGAAUAGUUCAGAUAUUUCCUUCACCACAACAAACAGGUUGGGGCAGAUGAAAAUUCUAAGAACAAAAGAAAAUGUCAAUUAAAUGAACCACUGCUGCUGUUACUUUUACACUGUCAAAGAAAAGCAGAGGAAAUAAAAGAAGAGAAGGAGCAAAGACACUCCAGCAGUCACUUGUUCCAGUGGGAGGCUUCAGCGUCUGUGGUCAAAAUAUAAACAAAUGGUUAGCCCUACGCUGUCAUCACUGGUUACUGGGUGGAGCACUGUUAUUAAAUCUCUUGGAAACAUGCAGGAAAAAAAAGAAAGUGAAAGAGUAAAGGGGCGGUUAGGGAGAACAGGAUAAAUUUAACUUCAGACAGAGAAAGAAAGAGCUGGAACAUUUUUUUAAAGCACAGAAAGAAGAAAUUGACUGGGACAAAGACAAAAUCAAGAGGUGAUCUCAGAUUUUCAAUGUUGGAGCGGUAGCUGAACCGAGAUGAAUAAAGCUCCUCUGCCUGCAGUGAUCCAAGCAGGCAGCGGGAGGACGUUGUCCAGAGCAGAGUUUCUGUCACUUUUGAACACCUACAACUGCUACCUGAAGGACCAAACUCAGCUGCAUCUCACCUGUUCUCAGGGGCAUGGUGGACAGGUGAUAGUAGAGGGCUAUCUGAACAUCUCCUGGGGAGUACGACGACCAAUCAGACUGAAGAUACAGGACGACAAACAGAUUCUUCCUCUUGAGUCUCCAAAUUCAGUUGAUCCAACCAGUCAAAACAGCCCUCUUGGAAGCAAAAGUACUGUGUCACAAUGGGGUGAACACAGUGAGGUUCACCAUAUAAAGGAGCCAGAGGCAACACAAGAAGCAAUCUUCCCAGAUCCUCUACCAGAUCCCGUGAGCCCAAUCAGCCCGCUGGGGAGCAAAAGUACUAUGUCACGAUGGGGAGAAUACAGUGAGCUUCACCAGAUAGAUGAGAUGGCAGAGACAGAGGCAGCACAGGAAACAGUCGUCAAAGAUCCUUUGCCAGGGCCUCCUGUUUAUGAGACUGCCACCCUGCGUCCUAUGAGGCACAGGAGCCCUGAGCUGGAGCCAGAGUCCAACCUAGUUCGUUGCAUGAGCGAUGUCUCGUUGGUGAAGAGGAGGAAGGGCAGGGGCAAGUCAGCAGCACAAAGAGAGAAAGAAAAACAGCAUCGCUUUUCUAUCAAUGGACAUUUUUACAACUACAAAACCUCUAUAUUCACUCCAUCAUUUGACACUUCAACUAAAGUUCGCAUCUCUAGCAGGAUGACCACAGACCAAGUCAUCAAACAGCUGCUAAACAAGUUCAAGAUAGAAAAUGAUCCCCAGGAGUUUGCAUUGUACUGUGUUCACCAGAGUGGAGAAAAAAGAAAGCUGAGUCACAUAGAUUAUCCACUGUGGGAACGGAUCCUGCAGGGUCCCUCUGAUGACAUCAUGAAGAUAUUCCUGAUGGACAUGCAUGAAGAAGAAGUCAGCAUUGACGUUGCUCAGUAUCUGAACUUGGAGCUCCCCAUCUUGGAUCAGUUUCUGCUCAAACUCAGAGAGGAGGAGAAUAGAGAGAUUCAAAAGGUCAUCAACAAGUACCAACACCAGCACAGACUGCUGUCUCAUAUGUUGAGCUUUAAGAUGUCCCCUCACAUUGAAACCAGUGUCUGACCACUUCCAAACUCAGUGAAAGGAAGAAAAGUAUCUCGGAGGAACCCUAAACAUCUGAAAAACCUUUUCUUUUUCAUAACAUUUAGGCUAUGAAAAAGAGUUUGUAAACAAAGACAACAUAAAGGAACACAUAUGAUACAGUACAGAAUUCUAUUUUGUCCUACAGAACAAUUUAAAUUUACAUAAUAUGUUUUUGUAAGAAAAACUGUGAAGUAAAUUUUGGUGCCAAUAUGUUUAUUUCAGAGACUUGCUGAAUUAAAAAGUGACAAAUAUAA